AUGCAUGGGCACUGCGAAGAGUGGGGGCUCCAAGGGACCCCUCUGCGUGUCAUACUCCCUGCCGUCCCCUCACGAGUGGCGCAGGCAGCGUACACGCCGCUGCACGAGCCGACUCGGCUGAAGGGCGAAGGAGUUUGUGAAGAGAGCACAGAGUCCUCAACAGUGUCCACCUCGACGGAGCCAGAGGCAGUGCGGCCAGCACAGGCAGCUGAGGCAGGCGCUGCAGCAGAGGAGCCUUCUCAGCACGCGCUCGCACAGCAGAGCCCCCCCCACAGCCCCACAGCCACAGUCAAGCUCGGCUUCCAGGGUCCCCAGCUGUCUGCUGCUGCUCCGGUGUCUGCUGCUCCUCAGGUGUCUGCUGCUCCUCAGGUGUCUGCUCCUCCUCAGUUGUCUGCUCCUCCUCAGUUGUCUGCUGCUCCUCAGGUGUCUGCUCCUCCUCAGGUGUCUGCUGCUCCUCAGGUGUCUGCUCCUCCUCAGGUGUCUGCUCCUCCUCAGUUGUCUGCUGCUCCUCAGGUGUCUGCUGCUCCUCAGGUGUCUGCUCCUCCUCAGGUGUCUGCUCCUCCUCAGUUGUCUGCUCCUCCUCAGCUGUCUGCUGCUCCUCAGGUGUCUGCUGCUCCUCAGGUGUCUGCUCCUCCUCAGGUGUCUGCUGCUCCUCAGGUGUCUGCUGCUCCUCAGGUGUCUGCUCCUCCUCAGCUGUCUGCUGCUCCUUGGGCAGAGGGUGAGCGAGCAGGCAGUGCAGGCGAGGUGGGGGAUGGCGGCAAGGGGGCGAGUGAGAGGGCAGAGGGGCAGGUCGGGCGAGUGGAGGAGAGCAGGGCGGUGGAAGCGGAGAGCAUGGGUGGGCUGGCGGGGCACGGUGAGGGGGAGGGGACUGAGGGGGACGGUGAUCGCCAAGGGCAGGGGCAGGCGAGAGAGGGAGGCGAGGGUGGAUGCGCGGGUGGAUGCGCGGGUGGAGGCGCGAGGGCGGAUGAGGAGGUGACAGGGGUGGGUAGGGCAGAGGGCCACGCUGCUCGCGCUACUGUGAUUGUGACAGGCGUGCUUGCUGACAGUAGCCCUGGAAACACGGAGGAUAAGAAGGAGAUAGACAGGGUAGGAAACGAGGAGAGGGAUGGGAGUGUGGAAAGGGAAAGGGAGGAAAGGGAAGGGGAGGAAACGGAAGGGGAGGAGAGAGAUAGCGAGGAGAAAGAUGAGAAAGAGAAGUAUGGGGCGGAGAGGGGUGGGGAGGAGAGUGAUGGGGAGGAGAGUGAUGGGGAGAAGAGAGGAUGGGAGGAGAUUGAAGGAGAAAUGAGAGAAGAGGAGGAGAGCAGAGAAGAGAGAGAAGGGGAGAAGAGGGGAGGGCAUGGGACAGAUGGGGAAAAUAACGACAAGGAGAGAGAAGCUGAUGAGAGUGAAGGGCCAGGGAUGGAAGGAAGGGAAAGAAUGAGGAGCGAAGAGGAAGUGAGAGAUGAUGACGAGAGGGGAGGCACGGAGAAUGAGGAGAUGAGGAGUGACGGGAAGGUCCCGAAGGAGAGUGUAGAGAAGGGGAGGAAAGGGAAGGUGAAUGAUGAAAAGAGGAGGGACAGGGAUGGAGAGGAGAGAAGUCGAGAGAGGCCAGAUGGGAAGGAGCGCGAUUGGAAGGAGAGAGAUCGCAAGAGGGAGCGAAAGGGGAGAGAAAGAAGUCGAGAUUUGAAGGAGAGGGAACGGAAGAGGGGAGAUGGGAAGUACAGAGAAGGGCGGGAGAGAGAAUGGAAGAAGAGGGAAGGUAGGGAGGGAGAAGCGAAGAAGAGGGAAGGUAGGGAGGGAGAAGCGAAGAAGAGGGAAGGUAGGGAGGGAGAAGCGAAGAAGAGGGAAGGUAGGGAGGGAGAAGCAAAGAAGAGGGAAGGAAAGGAGAGCUACGUAGAAAAGUGGAGAUACAAGGAGAGAGAUAGGAAGAGGAGAGAAGGUAAGGAUAGAAGAGGAAAGCAGCGAGACUCGAAGGAACGAGGAGGGAAGGACGAAGAGGGGAAGAGGAGAGAAGGGAAUGAGAGAGAAGGGAAGGAAAGAGAUGGAAAGAGAAGAAAAGGGAAGGAGAGAGAAGGGAAGGAUGGCGGAGGUAAAGAGAAAGGAGUAGAGAAUGAAAGAAAGGAGAGAGAAGAGAUCGAAAUGAAGGAGAAGGAAAGAGGAGGAGAUAGCAAGUUUGGUAAGGCCCAAGAAGGCCACGUGGUGGUGGGCGAGGGAAGCGGGAAGUCAAGUGUGGUGGUGUGGGAGAAAGAUGAGGUGGUGAGCACUGUGCGCGUAAGGAGUGCGGGUGUGGGGUGCAGGGAGCAAGUGGGCGGUGUUGGUGAGAGCAAGGUGGAGCAGCGGGACACAGAGGAGAGGGGCAGGCGAGGUGAGUCCCCAUCGCAGAGGCAGGGGGGUUCUGUGGGGGAGGUGGGAGGGGUGGGCGAGGGCGCACGUGGUGAGGGGGGUGGUGGUGGUGCUUGGUGUGUGAAGAAGGAGUGGGCAUGUGCAACGAACAAGAGUGACUGUGAGAGAGAGAUUGGCGGCAGGAGCAAGAAGGGCGAGGGUGAGAAGAAGGACGAGAGUGAGAAGGAGGGCGGGAGUGAGAAGAAGGGCGAGAGUGAGAAGAAAAGCGAGAGUGAGAAGAAGGGGGAGAGUGAGAAGAACGGCGAGAGUGAGAAGAAGAGCGAGAGUGAGAAGAAGGGAGAGAGUGAGAUGAAGGGUGAGAGUGAGAAGAAGGGUAAGAGUGAGAAGGGUCAGAGUAAGAAGAAUGGUGACCGUGAAAAAAAGGGUGAGAGUGAGAAGGGAGAGAGUGAGAAGAAGGGCAAGAGUGAAAAGAAGGGAGAGAGUGAGAAGAAGGGCGAGAGUGAGAAGGGCGAAUGUGAAAAGGAGGGCGAGAGUGAGAAGAAAAGCGAGAGUGAGAAGAAGGGAGAGAGUGAGAUGAAGGGUGAGAGUGAGAAGAAGGGUAAGAGUGAGAAGGGUGAGAGUAAGAAGAAUGGCGACCGUGAGAAAAGGGGUGAGAGUGAGAAGGGAGAGAGUGAGAAGAAGGGCGAGAGUGAAAAGAAGGGAGAGAGUGAGAAGAAGGGCGAGAGUGAAAAGAAGGGAGAGAGUGAGAAGAAGGGCGAGAGUGAGAAGAAGGGCGAGAGUGAAAAGAAGGGAGAGAGUGAGAAGAAGGGCGAGUGUGAGAAGAAGGGAGAGAGUGAGAAGAAGGGCGAGAGUGAGAAGAAGGGCGAGAGUGAAAAGAAGGGUGAGAGUGAGAAGAAGGGCGAGAGUGAAAAGAAGGGAGAGAGUGAGAAGAAAGGUGAGAGUGAGCCUUGUUUGGAAGAGGGUGGGGUGAUAGUGGAGGUGCACGAGGAGGUGCACGAGGAGGUGGGAGUGGGUGCAGCGGGGAAGGCGUGUGACUUGACUCGCGUGCUGCUGGGUCCCACUGUGUCGCGUCUUGCUGCUGCAUCCGUUGGUGGCGGCAAGGAAGAUUUGAAGGUGGUGGAUGAUUUGAUGCUGCCAGGUGGCGAUGUGAUGCUGUCAGGUGGCGAUGUGAUGCUGCCAGGUGGCGAUGUGAUGCUGCCAGGUGGUGAUGUGAUGCUGGCAGGUGGCAAUGUGAUGCUGCCAGGCGGCGAUGUGAUGCUGCCAGGUGGCGAUGUGAUGCUGGCAGGUGGCGGGGCCACGGCAGCGGAGGAAGAGAGAGGGCAGGCAGUGGAUGCAGAGGAGAAGCAGGUGGAGGGCGGUGAGGAGGAAGAGGGGCAAGGGAGUAAGGGGAGGGAGCAGGUGAGCAUCAAGCAAGAGGGCAGCGGUGAGGGGAGACCAGUGCAGGGGGGGGAGGAGAGGGGAGAGCGCAGGGUAACGGCUGGGAGCUUGGUGGAGAGCGAGGUGGAGGAGGGAGAACGGGAUGAGGAAGUGGUGGGAAGUGGGAAGGUAGGAGGCGGGGGACAGGAGCAGCAGGAGGAGGGGGGGGAGGGGCGGCAGCAGCGGUCAGUGUCGCCGGGCACGCGGGCGCUGAUGUGCGACGAGGAGGACGACCACGGGGACACUCUCUUCGCCGCCACCUCCUCCCCCCUCGCCCACUCCAGCGCCCUCGCCAGCAGCGAUGCCGAUGCUGACCUGGACGAUGAUGUGGCGAGGGGUGAUGUGGCGGAUGAGGGGGCAGAGCAGGGUGGAGGGGAAUGGGGUGCUUGGUGGGAUGGCAGGCGGGUGAGUCGGAAGCGCAGUGCAGAGCUGAUGGAGGGGGGAGGCGCGGGGGAGGGGCAGCGCGGCAUGGGGGCGGGCAUGGGGGCGGGCAUGGGGGCGGGCAUGGGGGCGGGCAUGGGGGUGGGCAUGGGAGCGGGCAGCAGCAGCCCCUCCGCCGCUCUGCCGCGCACCACCAGCGCUGCCCUUGCCGCCCGCCUGCCGCCCUCUGGGUUCUCGCCCUCACCUGGCAAGGCCAGGAGGAGAAGCCUGGGGGGGCAUGGCGCGGGGGGUGGCGGCGGUGUGAGGGGGGGAGAGGAGCAGGUGGAUGGGAGGAGGAGCGUGAGUGCCGGUCAUGCUGCCCAUGCUGCUGCUGCCCAUGCUGCUGCUGCCGCCACUGCUGGCAAUCACCCCUUUGCUGCCGGAGGCGUCUCAGGAGCUGCUGCAGGCGUGGCAGCAGCAGAGGUGGGUGUGAUGGAUGAUCCAAGAGUUGCCAUCCGCCUCGCUGCUGUGCGGUCGGCACUGGCCACAACAAUGGGUCAGGGGAGAGGGGCGUCGGCAGGAGGGGCGAGCAGAGGGAAGGGAGGGGAUCGGAUGCAGGCAGUGCAGCAGAGGGCAGUGCAGCAGAAGGCGGCGGUGGAGAGGGGGCUGCUGGAAUUGCUGGAGGACCACCUUCUGCAGAUCGCCGCCCACAUUGGCGCCCCCGCCUGCUAG